AGAAGACUUGGAAGCACUGUCAUGAAAAGAAUACUUUUACAAGCCAUUUCAGAAUGAGGGCUGUUCCAGCACUGCAGGUGCUGGUCUGCAAUUUCAGAACUGGAAGAUGAAAGCUGAGCCAGCUAAGAAAGUUGAAUUCUUAAGAAGUGCAGAAAAGCUAAAAGCUCAGCUUGCAAAUAUAGAAAAAGACAAGAGUGGACUUCUUUAUAAUAGGAAGAGUGAUUUUAGGGUAGAAUACAGAAUACUAGAGGAUCUAGAACGCAGCAUGACUGUCAGCAGAAAAACAGAAAAAGCUAAAAUCCUGCAGCAGCUAUCAAAAAUACAAAACAAUGUGAAGAGACUUCAGCAACAAUUAAAGGAUGUGAAGCCUACACCAGAAUUCGUUGACAAGCUCAAGGAAAUGAUGGAAGAAAUUGAAAAUGAAAUCAAUGCUUUUAAAGAGGAACAGAGGCAAAUAUAUGAACAGCUUUUGAAGGAGGAAAAAGCUACCAUUAAUGAGCUCAGUCUCUUUGAGAGAAAAGUGGAACUGUGGGCGUUAGGCAGCUUAACAACAGAAAAAGUUUUGAAAUUACCAUCAGCCAGGGUUACAGUUGAUAAAAGACUGGAAAAUCAUCUACCCCAAGAAGUAGUAGAGUUUGAAAGGUUUCUUCAGCGAACAGGAGGGCGGCAAGGAGGCUGGGAUGAUUAUGAUCAUCAAAAUUUUCUGAAAGUACGGACUAAGUACAGAGGAAGGCUGUCUUACAUCGAUGAAGCCCUUCAGUAUCUUGGUGGAAGAACAAAAGAAGAUAUUGAACAACAUGACAAAUGGUAUCAAGAAUUUCUAAUUUUACAUGAAAGAAAGAAAGAGUCAAUUAAGAAAUGGAAAGAAAAGCAGCAGGCAGAAAAAGAAAGAAACAUGAAGGAGAAAGAGAAAUCAGAAAAAAUGCUCAAGCAAAAAUGGCGACAGGACGAAGAAGCUCAGAAGCAAAAAGCAGAAGAAGAAAGAAAAAGAAAACAAGCAGCAGUUGAAGCAUGGAAGAAGCAGAAAGCAAUAGCAUUUGCAAUGGAACAAGCAUCUCAACUAAAACUAAAAGAAGAGACAGAGAAAAGGCAAGAAAAAGAGCGCCAAUGCCACGUGAAGUUACUGUUGGAAAAGAAUACCUUGCAGAAGAAAGUAAAGGAGGAACUUGAAAAGCUUGGAAAUGAGAAGAGAGAGGAAGCUGAAAAGGAGGAAGGGAAGAAAAUUGCUGCAGAAAAAAUUUCUAGGUUUCAGGAGCGUGAUCUACAUAAACUGGAGCUAAGGCUUUUACAGAAACAAGCUAAAGAAAUAGAGGAGCAAGAAAAAGAAAAGAAGUUGGCAAAGUUGAGAGAGAAGGUCGAGAUUCGGGUAACCAGAGACCGAUCCGGGUUGCACAAAGCUUCCAAGGGCUUGGAAGAAUGUAGGGAGGAGAUGGCACCAGCAGCUUCAGAACCACUGUUACGCGUUGUUCACAGGGCUGUCCCAGCCUGGAGAGGAGGGCUGUAGCUGCGCCCCAGCCUGUCCUUGCCACAAGACGAAGCAGCAGACAGCACUUUUCGGGAGCCGGCACAGAGUUGGCUUGACACAUGACGUGCAUUCCCUUUGU